UCCCAGCAUUCGUUGUUCCUGGUUACUCAUCUCUCCGCCAUUUUCAGAGUUGGUUGGCGCAGUUCUUCCCCCCCCGCUCCCCAUUACGUUCAGUUUAUAAGGUCACUUGCGAAUAGCGUCGAAGAUUGUCUUCGAUAACACAGUUUCUUUUUUAGAAGGACACUAAACUGCGCAACAAAAAACAAAAAAAAGAUGGCAGACGAGCAGGCUGAGAAGACUAACGUGCCCGAACAAGAAGGCCCGCAGCAGCAGCAGCCUCCGCCGCAGCAGCAGCAGCCAGGAGAAGUGAAUGGUAAACCCAAACAUGAACCCAAUUCAAGCAGGAAGGAGAGGCCCCAGAAGAGAGGUGGAGGCGGUGGGCGCUAUGAACCCUAUGGAAACGUCAACAAAAGAUACCGCGUUUUCGUCAGCAACAUCCCAUACGAUGUCAAAUGGCAAGCUCUCAAAGACCUGAUGAAAGAAAAAGUGGGUGAGGUAACGUACGUGGAACACUUAAUGGACGCAGAAGGCAAAUCGAGGGGUUGUGCUGUUGUUGAGUUUAGGACUGAAGAGCUUAUGAAGAAAGCGGUGGAGAAGGUCAACAAGCACAACCUCAAUGGACGUCCCCUGAAAGUGAAAGAGGACCCUGAUGGUGUGAUUGCUCAGAGAGAGAUGAACAAGACUCAGGGUGGAGCAUCCGGGGGCCAUGGUGGAAUGGGCGGAAUGGGAGGAAUGGGUGGAAUGGAUCGCAUGAACAUGGAACGUAUGGGUCCAGGACCAAAUGGCUCCGUAGUCAACAUUCCUCCUAGCCUGAUGAACAACCCCAACAUCCCUAACGAGAUCAUACAUGGUCUCCAGGCUGGCAGGAUUGGCAUGACUGUCUUUGUGGCCAAUCUUGACUACAAAGUGGGCUGGAAGAAGCUGAAAGAGGUUUUCAGCAUGGCAGGCAUGGUGGUGAGGGCCGACAUUCUGGAGGACAAGGAUGGGAAGAGCAGAGGCAUGGGAACAGUGACAUUUGAUAUGCCCAUUGAAGCAGUCCAAGCUGUCUCUAUGUUUAAUGGGCAGCUGUUGUUCAACAGAGUCAUGCACGUCAAACUGGAUGAGAAAUCCCUGCCCAAAGAUUUUGGUCCACCUGACAGAGCUGCUUCUGCUCUUCCCCGUGGCCUGAGUGGUAUUGGUUUGGGCCUGGGACCUGGUGGCCAGCCCAUUGAUGCUACCCAGCUCAAUAGAGGAGGAGGAGGAGGUGGUGGCGGUGGAGGAAUGGGCAACAUGGGCCCUGGAGGAAUGGAUGGAAUGGGCUUUGGUAACAUGGGAGGUCGUAUGGGAGGAGGAGGUGGUGGUGGAGGAGGAGGAGGCGGUGGCAGUGGCGGAGGAGGAAUGGACAACUUUGGAGGAAUGAACAACAUGGAUCGUUUUGGUUCUUCCGGAAUGGGCAGAAUGAACGAGAUGGACCGUGGGAUUGGUGGUGCUUUUGACAGGGAGUUUGGGCGAAAUGAAAUGGGCAUGUCUCGCAAUAAUUUUGGUGACUCCUUUGAAAGAGGAAUGGGAAACUCUCUGGGUAUGGACCGCAUGAGCUCUGGAAUGGACCGCAUGGGAGCCAACAUGGACCGCAUGGCAGGGAUGGAUCGGAUGGGCAUGGAGAGGAUGGACCGCGGGUCUGACCUGGAGAGGCUCGGUUCUGGUUUCGACCGGAUGGGCUCAGGGAUGGAACGUCUGGGGCCCAGUAUGGACAGGCUUGGACCAGGUCUGGACCGUAUGAGCUCCACCAUCGACCGCCUCGGCCCAGCUGGGUUCGAUCGCCUAGGCCCGUCUGGUUUGGAUCGCAUGGGAUCUAGCCUGGACUUCGGCGCCCCAAUGGGUAUGGAUCGCUUGGGCAACACCGGGCUUGACCGCAUGGCCACCGGGUUCGACCGCAUAGGCUCCACUGGAGGACUUGACCGCUUCCCCGCCGGUGGCAUCGACCGCAUGGGCUCUGGCAUGGAUCGGAUGGGGUCUGGAGGAGUUGGUGGUCAGUUUGAUCGCUCUGGAGAAAUGGAUCGUGGAUUUGUCGGGAAUACCUUUGGAGGAGCCGGAGGGCCUGGAACUGGAGGAAGCAAUGUCAGGAAGGGAUGCCAGAUCUUUGUCAGAAAUCUGCCAUUUGACUUCAACUGGAAGAUGCUGAAGGAUACCUUCAACACAUGUGGCAUGGUCCAGUAUGCUGAUAUCAAGAUGGAGAACGGCAAGUCCAAGGGCUGUGGUGUGGUUCGCUUCGACACCCCUGAAACUGCUGAGCGUGUCUGCCGGACCAUGAAUGGCUAUCGGCUGAACGGAAGAGAAAUUGAUGUCAGGAUUGAUAGAAAUGCAUAAAUAAUUUGUCUGUUACAUCUGACAUUUCAUUUAGUCCCUAAAAAGUCCAAGCGCUCUGUAUCUUCUAAUUUGCCCAUCGGAUAUUCAUUAUAUUCACUUGGUUUGUUAGAUAUUUGUAACAGUGAAAAUGUUAUUUUAGUUAGUAACUUGUCACAGUGAACGUGUUUUUAGUUUUUGAUUUAGUUUUACUUUCUUUAUUUUAGAGACCAAAUUUUUAAUUUUCUUUCUGUCCUGCUUCACCUGUCAUUGCCUUUUGUUCUGUAAGGUGUUUUGAUAAAUAAACCUCCGU